AUGGCCGGUCGUUUAUCGGUGCUGCGAAAAAUGAUACCAUCCGUUUCAAAGGAUCUUGUAAAAUCGGACAAUGCCAGGAAAUCAAAUAUACCAUUAAGCUUAAAUGACAGUUGUAUUUGUGGGAGAAAUACAGUAUUACCAAUUGGUGAAAUGGUAGAAAUUGCUAAUCAGAAAAAUGAAAGGAAUGAAAACAUUUGA